AUGCUAUCGGGAAAACUGUUCCGUCGAAGUCUCCAGCGCUCACUGAGAGCGCCCCAGCCGCCGCGUCGCUAUGCGGUUACUCGAAACGAGAGCGAGUCAGUGGCACAAAGUCUUCAACAAGACGACGGGUCGAGCUGUUGGAAGUGCGACCACGUCAGCAGCAGCUGCUCGUUCUUUUGCCGCAAGUGCGAUGCUAUUCAGCCUUUGAGCAAGAGAUGCAACUACUUUGAGAUGUUCAACAUUCCCAAGAAUUUCAAACUGGAGCCACGCAGUAUUGAGAAGACAUAUUGGAAUCUGCUGAAGCGCCUGCAUCCGGAUCUAUAUGGCUCCAAGUCGGAGUUUGAACAGGAGCUGUCAGCAGCUAAUGCUGCAGUCGUCAAUGACGCGUACAAGAUACUGAAGACGGCCAACACACGCGUCAAGUACUUGCUGUCAUUAGACGGAAUCGACGCUCUCGGCGAGACUGCAAGUACAGCAGUGAAUCCGGAGCUGCUGAUGGAGAUGAUGGGGAUCAGAGAACGAAUCGCGACGGCGGCGAAUGUCGACGUGUUGCAUGAUAUCCGCGAGGAACUCUUGAACCGGAUCGACGAUGUGAUCAAAAAGCUGGACGAAGUGUACGAUAAGGACCAGGACUUAGAGGCUGCGAAAGGAUACGCCGUCGAGCUUCAGUAUACGGUCAAGUGCGUCGAAGAAAUCGACCUCAGAGAAGAGAAGCUGGACGGAUAG